GGCGGGCAUAUUCUUUGCUGUCGGGGGUCCCGGGGUGGCCGGAGACUCAGCUAAGCUGACAGCCUUUCCUUCUUGUGCGGCAGGAAAGAACGAGCGAGCAGUUCUGGAGGGAGCGAAUGUGGAGGAGGAGCGGCAGGCGAAGGGAGCGCAAAGCCGGCAGCUUUUGCCGUUCGCGAAGAAGCUAUAGGAGAGUGGGAGGAAAAGGAGGAGGAGACGGAGACGCGGCGAGCGCCGAAGGACACUGGGUGGGCGCCACAGAAACAUGAAUGAACCGCACAGUCCGAAGUCGGCCCAGCCGGCGGUCGGCUAUAGCCGCUGAGGCACCUUCGCCGAGGGCGAGGAACAACGGCGGAGACGGGGGAAAAGGGCGCAAGUUUCCCCAAGAAGGAGGCAGGGGAAUCAUGCGGGUUCCUGAGGGGUUAGUGUGGCUGCUGUACCUCCUCUCCCUUCUCGUCGCCAGGACGUGGGAAGCCCGCCUGCACCCCAAGCAAGAGACUUUGGUGAAACAUCUGCCAUCAUAUGAAAUAGUGACACCUACACGAGUGAAUGAAUUUGGAGAAGUUUUCCCUCCCACACACCACUUCAAAAGGAGGAAACGGAGUAUGGAGGCACUAGUGGAACCCAUCCCUUUCAGAACUCACUACCACCUUAGAGCCUAUGGACAGGUUUUCCAGCUGAAUUUGAGUGCUGACUCCAGCUUCAUUGCUCCACACUACACUGAGGUACAUGUGGGUGCCACAGAAAGGCAUCCUCCCUCAGAUUUGCAGCACUGCUUCUACCGUGGGCAUGUUAAUGCACAGGAAAUGCACACAGCAAUCAUCAGUCUCUGUGGUGGCCUGCUGGGCACAUUUAGAUCCAAUGAUGGCGAAUACUUUUUAGAACCUUUGAUGACAGCAACUGAAGAUGAACAAGAAGAUGACCAUAAUAAACCACAUCUCAUAUAUAGACAUGAAGAAUUUAAGAAAGAUUCUUAUCAGAAUUCCUAUAAACCCUGUGAAACGUCAGAAGAGCCAAAGAAAAGCACUUUACUAUUUCCGUAUGAGAGCAGCUUAAUGAAAGAUUUAGAUGUUCUUCAAGAGCACACAGUUUUAGAAUAUGCUUCUAAAAAUGUUUCUGUAGAGAGUUAUAGAAACAAUCCACAUUCCCGGAGAAAACGUUUCCUUUCUUAUCCAAGAUAUGUAGAGGUGAUGGUUACGGCUGAUUCCCGAAUGGUUCAGCACCAUGGACGGAAUUUGCAGCAUUAUGUAUUAACACUAAUGUCAAUAGUUGCUACAAUCUACAAAGACUCAAGUAUAGGAAAUCUAAUAAAUAUAAUGAUUGUAAAAUUAAUUGUAGUUCACAAUGAACAGGAAGGACCAGCUAUCAGUUUUAAUGCAGCUACCACUCUUCGCAAUUUCUGUUUAUGGCAGCAAACACAAAAUAUUCUGGAUGAUGCCCAUCCUUCUCACCAUGAUACUGCAGUUCUUAUCACCAGGGAAGAUAUCUGCAGAGCUAGAGAAAAAUGUGAUACCUUAGGUUUAGCUGAACUUGGUACAAUGUGUGACCCACUGCGCAGCUGUUCUAUCAGUGAGGAAAAUGGAUUAAGUGCUGCAUUUACAAUAGCACAUGAACUGGGACAUGUGUUUAAUGUUCCCCAUGAUGAUAGUUUUAAAUGUAAAGAAGUUGGAAUUAAACAUCAAUAUCAUGUAAUGGCCCCAACUUUAAACUACCAUUCAAACCCAUGGACCUGGUCAAAAUGCAGUCAGAAAUAUAUUACUGAGUUUCUUGACACUGGUUAUGGGGAAUGCCUUCUAGACAAACCAAAUGGAAGAAUCUAUGACUUUCAGUCCCAGUUGCCUGGUUCCCUGUAUGAUGUGAACAAGCAGUGUGAGCUUAUGUUUGGUCCUGGAUCACAAGUAUGCCCUUACAUGAAACAAUGCAAACGUUUGUGGUGUACAAGUGCAGAAGGUAUUCACAAGGGUUGCCGCACGCAGCACAUGCCAUUGGCUGAUGGAACAGAAUGUGGCAAUGGAAUGCAUUGCCAUCAUGGGAUUUGUGUAAGCAAAGAAAUGGAAAGGCUCCCUGUAGAUGGAGAAUGGGGAUCCUGGGGAUCUUACAGUUCAUGCACCAGAACGUGUGGAGGUGGUAUCAAAAGUUCAACCAGAUUCUGUAAUCGGCCUGAGCCAAAACAUGGUGGAAAAUACUGUGUGGGUCGGAGGAUGAAAUUUCGAUCAUGUAAUACUGAUUCAUGUCCCAAAGGCAGAAAAGAUUUUCGAGAGCAGCAGUGCUCUGAGUUUGAUGGUAAACAUUUCAACAUCAAUGGACUAACAUCUACUGUGCGCUGGCUUCCGAAAUACAGUGGCAUUUCUAUGAAGGACCGCUGUAAGCUUUUUUGCCGUGUUUCUGGCACAACAUCUUACUAUCAGCUGAAAGACAGAGUUGUUGAUGGUACUGCAUGUGGAACAGACACUCAUGACAUAUGUGUUCAAGGCUUAUGCAGGCAAGCUGGCUGUGAUCAUGUCUUAAACUCCAAAGCGAGAAUAGAUAAAUGUGGAAUCUGUGGUGGUGAUAAUUCGUCAUGUAGAACUGUUGCAGGUACUUUCAACAGCGUUCAUUACGGCUAUAACAUUGUAGUAAAAAUUCCCAUAGGAGCAACAAACCUUGACAUACAUCAGCACAGCUAUUCAGGGAAGCCAGAAGAUGACAAUUAUCUUGCAUUAUCCAAUACUCAAGGGAAUUUUUUCCUGAAUGGAAAUUUUGUUGUAAACCUGUCUAAAAAAGAAAUCAGUAUGUAUGGAGCUAAUUUUGAGUACAGUGGUUCAAACAACUCUGUGGAGCGAAUAAACAGUACUGGUCAGCUUGAAGAGGAGAUUCUUUUGCAGGUGUUGUGUGUGGGGAAUUUGUACGACCCCGACAUUCGUUAUUCAUUCAACAUUCCUGUAGAAGAAGGGAAUGAUCUGUUUACAUGGGACCCCUAUGGUCUUUGGCAAGACUGCAACAAAAUGUGUCAAGGUCUUCACAAGAGGAAGAUUACAUGCAUACGAAGGAGUGAUCACUUGGUAGUGUCUGACCAAAGAUGUGAGCAUUUAACACGUCCCACAGCUGUAACAGAACAGUGUAAUAUAGAAUGUGAAUUAAGGUGGCAUAACACUGGCAAAAGUGAGUGUUCAACUCGGUGUGGCCCAGGGUUUCGAUCUUUAGACAUCCACUGUAUGAAGUACUCUGUUUCAAAGGGACUGAGUGUUCCAGCAGAUGAUAAAUACUGUGCUGAUCAACAGAAACCACCAGUCCGAGAACCCUGUCAUGGAGACUGUCUUCUAACAAGCUGGCAUCACACAGGAUGGUCAGAGUGCUCUAGGAGUUGUGGACGAGGUACAAAAACCAGAGAAGCCUAUUGUAUGAACAACUUCGGCCGUCGGCUUGCAGAUAGAGAGUGCCAUGGACUUCCAAAGGUUAUUACUGAGAGCUGCAAUGAGUUCUUGUGCCCCAGGUGGAUCACUAGCGAUUGGAGUGAGUGUCCUGUGACUUGUGGGAAGGGUACGAGGCACCGACAAGUAUGGUGUCAACUGAAUGAUGAACAACUAGAAUACAUUUUCUGCAAUCCAAACUCUAUACCAGAUUCAGUGACAGCAUGUGAACUUAAUGAAUGUGCAGCUUGGCAAGUGGGACCCUGGGGAGCUUGUUCUGCUACAUGUGGACAUGGGUAUCAGAUGCGUGUGGUCAAAUGUGUUGCUGGCAUUUAUGGAACUAUUUUGGAUGAUAACAGAGAGUGCAGUGCUGCAACUCGUCCAAGAGACAGCCAAGAAUGUGAAAUGUCUUCUUGUCCAGAGACCAUCAUGCUGUGGCCAACAUUACUUCCUGUCAUCCGGAAUGACAAAGUGACUCAGUGGAGAUAUGGAUCAUGGACCCCUUGUUCCGCAUCCUGUGGAAGGGGGAACCGUGCUCGUUAUGUAAGCUGCCGGGAUGGUCAUGGCAGAAUGGCAGAAGAAUCAUUUUGCGCACAUUUGCCCAGACCUGAAGAACUUUCAAGCUGCUUUAGUCCAUGUGGUGUUUGGCAAGCUGGAAGUUGGUCACCUUGCACAGUUACAUGUGGUAAUGGAAUAGUAACAAGGCAAGUUGUCUGUGUCAACCACCAUCAACAAAUUGAUGAGAAUUACUGUGAUCCCGAAGGCCAUCCUACAAAAGAACAAGAAUGUAACAUGCCAUCCUGCCAGCCAAUUUAUCGCCAUAAUCCGGAUACACAUGAACAUCCAAGCCAUCAAGAUUAUCCUUCAAUACACAAGGUCCAUCACUCACAUGACAAUGUAAACCCAAGGGAUCACCACUCUCCUCAAGGAAACCAGUGGAGAACAGGACCAUGGGGAGCAUGCUCAAGUACUUGUGCUGGUGGAUUUCGCCACAGAGUUGUGGUGUGCCAAGAUGAGGAUGGAAGAAGUGCUAGCUUCUGUGAUGAAGCACUGAAACCACCUGACUCCAGCCAUUGUGAUUCUGGUCCCUGUCCAAGAUGGAACUAUGGGAACUGGGGAGAAUGUACUCAAACAUGUGGUGAUGGUAUAAAAACACGAUUGGUGAUCUGUCAGCUUCCAAAUGGCCAAGUGAUGAAUGAUCAAAACUGUGAAAUACUAGAAAAGCCACCUGAUACAGCACAGUGUGAGAUACAUGCAUGUCCUGGUGAAGUUUCAUGGCAUCGUGAACCAUGGAAAUCGUGCUCUGUGUCCUGUGGGAAGGGUUUAAAAGAACGUGAAGUAUAUUGUGUUAACAACUUCCAAAUUAAACUAGGGGAGAAUGCCUGCCAGCAUUUAAAGAAGCCUCGGGCCUACAAAGUUUGCAGAGCUGUCAGAUGCCCUGAAUGGAAGUCCAACAGGUGGAAUGAGUGUUCUGUGACCUGUGGAGAAGGAAUUCAGCAACGGGAUGUUUACUGUAGGCUGAGGGGCAGUGGCAGAGUUGAUGAAGCAAUGUGUAAUUAUCUUACCCAACCAUCUAGCAAGAGGCCAUGUUGGCUGCCUGCAUGUGCACUGUAUCAGUGGAUAACCGAUGAAUGGCAAGAUUGUUCCUCAUCUUGUCAGAAAAAGGAAACACACCGGAAAGUGAAGUGCAUGGAUGAAAACGGGAUCCAAGUGAAUGAAAGGCUCUGCAACCCUGCUAUGAAACCUCCAUCCAGCAAGAAAUGCAAAGUGGCUUCCUGUAAAUAUAUUGUAAUUACAGUUGAUCCAUCCCAGUGUCCAGCUGGUUGUUAUCCUGAGUACCAUCAGAAGAUCACCUACUGUGCUGAAGUCCACAAUGCCUGGAACAGCCACGCCUAUGGCCUUCGAUCAGUAGCUUAUCGAGAUUGCCCACUGGUCCAAUCACCAUUGAUUAAUAAAUGUGAUGUGAGGGCAUGUCCACAUGCUGCAUCAUGGAAAGUGGGAAAAUGGAGCCGGUGCUCAGUGCCUUGUGGAAUGGGGACAACAGGAAGAAGAGUAGAAUGCAUGACUGAAAAUGGUUCAUCCAGUGACUUAUGUCUGUCACAUUUAAAACCUGCAAAUAGAAGGUUUUGUCAUGCAAAAGACUGUGAUAUGAUAACCGGCUGCAAAGAAAUCCAGAUCAGAAAAAAGAUUAGAAAGGAUGGUGAAUAUUUGCUAGAUGUUAAGGGAAGAAAGAUAAAGAUUUUUUGUUCAGACAUGUGGCUAGAGAAUCCCAAGGAAUAUUUAACGUUGGCUAAAGGGGAAGCAGAUAACUUUUCAGAAGUGUAUGGAUAUCGGCUGCAAAAUCCAUAUGAGUGUCCUUUUAAUGGAAGUAGACGGCAAGAUUGCAAAAUGUGCAGAGAUGACUACCCUGCAGCUGGCUACACAAUUUUUAGGAAAAUAAGGAUUGAUCUCAAUUCUUUGGAGAUUAAAACUACCGACUUCCGUUUCGCUCACACCAUACUUGGGAAGCCUGUUCCUUUUGCCACAGCUGGAGAUUGUUAUAGUGCUGCUAGAUGCCCACAGGGGCAGUUUGGCAUCAAUUUGGCAGGCACUGGACUGAGGCUAUCCACCACAGCAAAAUGGAUUGCUCAGGGAAAUUAUGUUACAGUUCAGAUACAUAAAUCUCAAGAAGAUACUAAAAUAUAUGGGAGAUGUGGAGGAUUUUGUGGGAAAUGUAUUCCUAAUGGAAACACUGGUCUCCAACUUCAAAUUCAUUAAGAAAAGCAAAAAGUCAAAGAAGAAAAAUAUCUUUAAGAAUCAUAUUGAAGGUGCUGUUAUUUUCUCAAUUCCUUUGACUCUGUAAUGUCGUUUACUCAGAAUUCCCUCUCCUCCUUCAGCAUUAAUAGGGAAUUUAUGCCUUUGUUGAUAGGGAAUCAUCUGCAUAAACUGCAGUUAUAAACUCUCUGGUGUCUACAUUGGCUUGGAUCCUAAGAACCACGAGUAGAAGGAAGGGGACUCUCCAUUCCUCACCUCCCUUUUGCACUCCCUGCAAGCCUGAAAAAAGACCCCUCUGAGGAUUGGGGUUUACUCCCAAACAGUGUGGGAUGGGGUGUGGGGAACUGCAGAGGAAGUUGCCUAAAAUGGGAUGGAGGUUACAUGUAUGAGCAGAUCUCCACUUGCCACUGAAUCCCUCAACACUCCUUCCGACACUGUUCAGGAGUGUCCCUCAGUUAGAGAGGGAGAAACUCAGUUCAGUUUGCAUUUGGAUGCAAACCCUACCUAAUUCACACUUCCCAAAACUAUAUAUGAAACCGAAAUUCAGCUCAAUUUGCACUUUUCUCAGUUUUGUGAUGCUGUUCUCCAACCCAAACAUGUACAGUAUAUAUUAGGGGAAAGCGUGCCUCAAAUGUAUAUUAGUGAAAAUAACAUACAAAAAUAUUAGGGAAUAUCAGAGAAAAUUGCUUGCAAAAAUGUGUAUAUUAGGCAAAAUUGCAUACAAAAAUGUGCAUAUCAGGAGAUGUGCACCAUAAAGCUGACAAAUUUUCAUGACAAUAUUGAUUUGGAAAUGUGGCAAACUGAAUUUAAGAUUGGACUAAUGAGAAACUGAGAAAAAUGGGAAAUAACUGAUUCAUCCAGAAAGAUUUUUCAUGACAUAGAGAAGGUUGAAUGGAGAGACGACAGUUAAAAAAGGGAAAAAAGGUCACUUUCUAUAAGCUUCCUUCCGUUUGCGGUUCUUAAGAUCCAAACCAAAAAUUCAAUGGAGCAAAUUCAGUCAAUUUCACCAAGUAUUGUUUCUGGCCAGCUUGACUAUAUAGCAGGUCCAGAUAGCUACAGAAGGCAUCAUUAUUAAAACAGUGCUAGUUAUGCUGAAAGCAAUACCGAAGCCUUGGCUUUUGCACUGCUUCUAGUGUGUUCAGCCCCCUAAGCAUAGUUCUGUGAGAUUGCGACAGGUUCUGGAACACAUUCUCAAGACCAUUUCACACACUAAAAAGCAAAAUGUACACCUAGAUGUUUUAUGUGUACACAUAAAAACUGUAAAGAGUGAACAUGCGGACAUAUUUUCAAAUGCAUGUAGAAUAUAAAUACAGUUCCCAGAAAUCCAGGAUUGCCUGCAGUUUCCUAGCACACUGCACAUGGGAUCAUGAUGGAAAGCUCCAUCUCCAGCCUGUGCAUGCUUGUUCAGCAUUUAGUAUUCUGUUCUGCGAGGGCCUGCAGAGAAAGUGGUAAGAAAUACCCAAGGCAAGGCAGGACCAUGGGCAGCUCCUGGUGGGCACUGCUAGCUAAGUGCCUCAGCAAAUGCUUAGAGUUAUCUUGACCUCUGAGCAGCCCUGCCCCCCUGGGAGAGCUGUGUUGCAAUAUUUAAAGGACCUGUUGCCUAUACUGCAGUCACAUUCUCCUGCUUGGUGGUGAUGGUGGGAAGAUAGUCUGCAGGAGAAUCAUCCUCAGGCCCUGAUGAUGGAAGAUCCAAUCCUCAGGCCAACACAGUGUAGAAGGUAUAUUGAGGGCUCCUGCUUGGGGGGGGGCUGGUGCAUCAUGCAAAUCAGAGUCCCCCUCAGGCCAACACUGAGACCCUGAGGCAGGGGACAUGACAGACUAUGCAGAACCUGCAACUCUUUGCAUACUGUAAAUUAACCUCUCUGAACAGAAGGCUGGCAAAUAUGUAGAAAAGAAAAUCCAGAGUCCCAGAUGGCAUGCACAGUCCUUAUGUGCACAGUUUGUAUGAACAUAGGGACCAUUCAGCUAAUCAAGUGAUUGCAUAGAGGUCGGGGUGGAGCUUACCCCUGUAGUCCUGUUUCCUCACUACCCAUGUUCACUGUAUGUGUGAUCAUUAUGUGAAGAUGCUCCUGCUGAUUGUGGUCAUUUGUAUACCAGCAUCCUUGCUUCCCCCCCCCCACUGAAAGGGGGAAAAAGCUUGUGCUAGCUCUUUGUAGAAUUGUUUAUGAAAUGAAUAAUCAUAGAUCCUUAUAUUGUACAAAACAAGAGUUCACACUUCCUGACCUAUCUUGAUCAUGUAUAUUAGAAAGUUUAAAAAAAGGAAAGAGGAUGUUGAAAUAUGCAAUGUGCAGCCAAUCCUAAACCAGUUUACUCAGAUUUAAAUCCCUCUAAAUUCAAUGGGGUUUACUCUCUAGUAAGUUUGUUUAUGAUUGCAACCUUUGGCUGCUACUGCUGACUUUAUGAAACCAUCCAGUAAUUAUGUUUGUCCCCAAAUCUAUCACAGACUGGUGCAUAAGCAAUAUACUUUCUGCUGAUACAGUUCCUGUAGAUUUUUGUUUUUUAAAAAUGGUGCUCCUGUCACUUUUUAACAUCAUGUUUGUUGGUGCUUCAGUACAGCUUCAGUAAACUCCUUGGAACAUGCUUGACAAAGUUAACUUCUGAUAUGGCUACAAGCCAAAUAAUAACAUAACAAAAUCAACACCUAAUGUUAGCGAUCCUACCUCUUUUCCAAAUGUAUACUAUGAAAGCACUGAAUUUUGUAUAUUAUAAGAUUUUAUAUUCAAUUGUACAGUGGCUUCAAGGAGAUCUAGUUUAGGUCUCUAGUACUCCUCUUGACCUGGUUCAAGUGUAAUAGCAAACAGUGGUGUCCUGUUACAAAACUGAGCUGAAAACUCUCUUCCCGCCCCUCCUUUUCAAGCACAAGGACAAGAGAUGGAAAGCUUCUCCUUUUGCUUUAGAACUAAUUGCGAUUACUUACAAUCUUGAGGAACUGAUCUAACUAAGUUUGCAAACAAUGAUAUUAAAUCAGUUUGAACCUGAUUUGUUUUAACUAACCAGUUCAGUUAAACCACGGUUUCCCCGAGUUCAGAUGUAAUUGGCACUGUGAUUAAUUCUAAAGGGAAAGUGGAAGCUUUUGAUUUACUUUUGAUACAUUGCAAGGGGGACAGGGGUUGAGGUGGUGCAUGAGUCCAAGGCUCAUUAACAUUUAUUCCUGCAAUUCGAAUGUUUGCUCAUGUAGUUUCACAUUACAUCAGAAUCUUAUUUAUUUUAUUAGAGACUGCUGUUCUGUGUGCAUUCCUUUCUGUAUACAACAUUGGUGCCUCCAUAGAAAUGAAUGGGAAUUCCAAUGUGGACAGAAGUUGCAUUUCCACACAGAAAGUCAUUGUAAUAUUCCAUUUUGUUUCUAGAUAGGAGGUGAUUAUUAUUAUUUUUUGUCUUUAAGAAGAGUUCCGGUUGUUGGAUUUAUGAUUUAGGAUCGCCAGAAACACAAACAUUAAUAUUAUAUGGAAUUUGAAAACUAUUUCAGAAUAAGAAUAAAUGCUCAGGUAUUCAGAAUGUAAAACUUAUGUUAGGUAGUACAGUUAUAUUUUUUCUUUGUGAUGCCUACUGUUGAAGCCAAAUAUCAGCUAAGGGUACAAUCAUCAUUUCAUUCAAGUCAGUGACAAAACUCUCAUUCAUAUUAAUGGAUCUGCAUUGCAACCUAAAUGAUUAAACCAAAUGCCAUUAACUGCCAGUAAAGUAUUGGUAGAUAAAAAUGGCAGCUAUGUUAAUGUCACCAACAAAGAUAUUUAAAUUAAAGGCUAAGUCAUACCAUGUGAUUUUGAGCAGUUAACUGCCUUUUAGCUAACACAUAAAGAUAACUAUUUUGUGACCUCUGUACCAGAAAAGUAUUUUUUGCACUAUGUGCCUUAUU